AUGCUGUGUGGGCUCAGCCACGAGACCCUGGUAGAGGCUGAUGACGGGCCCUACUGCAAAGGAGCCAAGGAUGCCAGUGGGGCGGACAUGGCCCUGGCAUGCCGCCGACAGAGUGUGCCGGAGGAGUUCCGGGGUGUUACCGUGGUGGAGCUGCUCAAGAAGGAAGGCAGCACCCUGGGCCUCACCAUCUCCGGUGGCACUGACAAGGAUGGGAAGCCCAGGGUCUCCAACCUGAGGCCUGGGGGGCUCGCUGCCAGGAGCGACUUGCUGAAUGUGGGUGACUACAUCCGGUCGGUGAACGGGAUCCGCCUGGCCAGGCUGCGCCAUGACGAGAUCAUCACCUUGCUCAGGAACGUGGGCGAGCGCGUGGUGCUGGAGGUGGAGUAUGAGCUGCCCCCGCCUGCCCCCGAGAACAACCCAAGGAUCAUUUCCAAGACCGUGGACAUCUCCCUCUACAAGGAAGGCAGCAGCUUUGGUUUCGUUCUCAGAGGUGGCGCCCAUGAGGAUGCGCACAAGUCCCGCCCACUGGUCCUCACGUAUGUGCGGCCCGGCGGCCCUGCUGACAGGGAGGGCUCCUUGAAGGUGGGCGACAGGCUGCUCAGUGUUGAUGGGAUCCCGCUGCAUGGGGCCAGCCAUGCCACAGCCUUGGCCAUGCUGCGACAGUGCAGCCAUGAGGCGCUCUUCCAGGUGGAGUACGACGUGGCCACUCCAGACACUGUGGCCAAUGGGACAGGGCCCCUGGUAGUGGAAAUAGCCAAGACGCCAGGCUCUGCCCUGGGGAUCUCACUCACCACAGGCUCCCACCGGAACAAGCCAGUCAUCACGAUUGAUCGCAUCAAGCCUGCCAGCGUGGUGGAUAGGAGUGGGGCCCUGCAUGCUGGAGACCACAUCCUGUCCAUCGACGGCACCAGCACUGAGCACUGCUCCCUGCUUGAGGCCACCAAGCUCCUGGCCAACGUGGCCGAGAAAGUACGCCUGGAGAUCUUGCCUGUGCCACAUAGCCAGCGCCCCCCGAACCCCUCUGAGGCAGUGAAAGUGCAGAGGAGCGAGCAGCCUCACCGCUGGGACCCCUGUGUGCCCUCCUGCCACAGCCCCCGGCCCGGUCGCUGCAGGACACCCCCCUGGGCCGCCUCAGCUGGCCAGGACCAGAGCCGAUCCUUGUCCUCCUCUCCCUUCUCCUCACCAACCAUGAACCACGCCUUUUCCUGCGCCAACCCCAGCACUCUCCCCCGCGGAUCCCAGCCCAUGAGCCCCAGGACGACAAUGGGCCGGAGGAGACAGCGAAGACGCGAACACAAGAGCUCACUGUCCUUGGCCUCCAGUACGGUGGGGCCCGGUGGGCAGAUUGUGCACACGGAGACCACGGAGGUGGUGCUCUGCGGGGAUCCGCUCAGCGGCUUCGGCCUUCAGCUGCAGGGUGGUGUCUUUGCCACUGAGACCCUGUCGUCCCCUCCCCUGGUACGCUUCAUCGAGCCCGACAGCCCAGCUGAGAGGUGUGGGCUGCUGCAGGUCGGGGACCGUGUGCUGUCCAUCAAUGGCAUUGCCACGGAGGAUGGGACGAUGGAGGAAGCCAACCAGCUCUUGCGGGAUGCAGCACUGGCCCACAAGGUCGUGCUGGAGAUCGAGUUUGAUGUGGCAGAGUCCGUCAUCCCAAGCAGCGGCACCUUCCACGUGAAGCUGCCCAAGAGGCGAGGCGUGGAGCUAGGCAUCACCAUCAGCUCAGCCAGCAGGAGGCGCGGGGAGCCCCUGAUCAUCUCUGACAUCAAGAAAGGCAGCGUGGCACACAGGACUGGCACCCUUGAGCCAGGCGACAAGCUGCUGGCCAUCGACAACGUGCGCCUAGACAACUGCCCCAUGGAGGAUGCCGUGCAGAUCCUGCGGCAGUGCGAGGACCUGGUGAAACUCAAGAUCCGCAAAGACGAAGACAACUCAGAUGAGCAGGAGACCACAGGCGCAGUGAGCUACACCGUGGAGUUAAAACGCUACGGGGGCCCCCUGGGCAUUACCAUCUCGGGCACCGAGGAGCCUUUCGACCCCAUCGUCAUCUCGGGCCUCACUAAGCGAGGUCUGGCUGAGAGGACUGGUGCCAUCCAUGUGGGGGACCGUAUCCUGGCCAUCAACAACGUUAGCCUGAAGGGCCGGCCACUGAGCGAGGCCAUCCACCUCCUGCAGAUGGCCGGCGAGAUCGUCACGCUGAAAAUCAAGAAGCAGCUGGACCGUCCCCUUGUACCCCGCAAAUCGGGCAGCCUCAGCGAGGCCAGUGAUGUGGACGAGGACCCUCCUGAGGCUCUCAAAGGCGUGCUGGCAGCCCCCUUCUCACCUGCUGUGCCCAGUGUGGACAGUGCUGUGGAAUCGUGGGACAGCUCGGCCACGGAGGGAGGCUUUGGGGGCCCAGGUUCCUAUACCCCAAAGGCUGUGGCCCGGGGCCUGAACCCCCAAGAGUGGAGGUCCCCUGGCCGGCUAAAAAGCAGCCCCCCGCCCACCGAGGCCCGGAGGAGCAGCUACACCCUGGGCCCUGCUGAAGAGAGCUUCCAGGAGGAGGAGGAGGAGGACUGGGAGGUGCCGACAAGCCCAGCCCCCGGCCCUGCCCGCGAGGAGGGCUUCUGGCGCGUGUUCGGGGAAGCCCUCGAGGACCUGGAGUCGUGUGGCCAGUCCGAGUUGCUGAGGGAGCUGGAGGCCUCCAUCAUGACGGGUGCUGUGCAGAGUGUGGCUCUGGAGGGCAGGCCUGGCUGCCGGGCCCGGCCAAGGGGCCACGAGGUACAUGCUUCCCCCCAGGAGGUGCAGGCGCUGCUGCCGCCAACACCUUUGGAGAUGCACAAGGUGACCCUGCACAAGGACCCCGUGCGGGAUGACUUUGGCUUCAGCGUGUCUGAUGGCCUCCUGGAGAAGGGUGUCUACGUCCACACCGUGCGCCCCGAUGGUCCUGCCCACCGUGGAGGCCUCCGGCCCUUCGACAGGAUCCUCCAGGUCAACCACGUGCGCACGCGGGACUUCGACUGCUGCCUGGCGGUGCCACUGCUGGCGCAGGCAGGCCAAGUCCUGGAGCUGGUCAUCAGCCGGAACCCAGUAGGGCGGGGCAGCCGGGCCUCGCGGGCACCAGGCCCCAGCAGCCCCCGGAUGCUGUGAAUAGCCCUGAGGGGCUGCUGGAGAGACUGUGGGCCAGAGAAGAGGCUACCCUUCUUCCAUCUGAGGAUCUGGCAGACUUGGAGUGGGCCUGGGCACUGUGGCCUGGCUCUGUGG